CUGUUAUCUAUAAUAUCGCAUCGAUCUCUGGUUCAAACUUCUAUCGACACAAAACGAAAUGGAAAAUGUGGUUCCAUUUUUCUGAUUUUUUUUGACCGACCUCGUUAAAAUUAAUGUAUACAAAUUUUUCAACAUAUUAUUUGUUCAACGAUAUCAUACUAAAUUGAUUAAACCUGAGGUCCUGAAACAAAAGCUGUUAUUGUAAUUAUUUUGUAAAACUAUCACUCAAUCAUGUCCGCGAAGCGGCAAGCUACGACUGAUUUAAAUCACGACAACUGGGAUCAAGAAGAUGACGAACCGGAAGAAAGCGAAGGUUUUAAAAUUGCAUCAAAAGAAGUUCUUGAAAAACGUGUUAUUAGGACCGCUAAACGACGAUCCAACGUAACUAGCGAGGGCCAGAAAAGUGUAUUCAGUGGCUUUGGAGGCUUUAAUAAAACACAAAAGACUUCCUUUGACUUUUUAGCAAAUUUAACUAAUGGUAAAUCAACUAAUACUGGUGUCAGUAAUCAAGAGGGAUCAUCUCUUUUUUCAUCAAAGACAUUCUCAAAUCAAAGUACAGCACUAUUUACACCAUCAGAUAUAUCUAAUAAUAUAACGAAUACAGAUGACAAAAAUCAAGAGGGAUCAUCAUCUCCAUUUACAUCAAAGACAUUUACCAAUUCAAGUAAAGGACUAUUUACACCAUCAGAUGUCUCUAAACCAACUUCUAGUUUGAUCAAAUCUACAGUUGCAGGAAGUCAAACAGAUUUUAAAAACAGUGAAAGUCCAUUCAAAAGUCAUACUACUUCAUCACCAAUCACCAAUUUUAACUUUUCACCUAAACCAAAUUCUGGAAAUAUUGGUAACCCUGUAUCACAAACAACAAAUAAUAUAUUUAGCGACCAAGCUGAAAAUAUUUUCUCUAAAAAAUCUUUUAAAAUGUCACCAUCUUCCAAUACAUUGUCUGCUUCCCCAAGUAAUAAAUGUCAAUCUAUUGAAGAAACUAAGAAAGAAGAAAAGAAAGAUACUGUAGAUGAGUCCAAAUUUAUCACUAUAAAGUGUGAUGCAAAUACAAUAGAUGGAAAGACAUUAAAGUAUUAUAAAUACCUGGCGGGCUUAAAUAUAUCUCUGUCUGAAUGGAUAAAGAAAAAUAUUGAUGAUUCACCAGUCUGUAUUCUUUCUCCAAUAUUUAAAGACUACGAAAAACAUCUUAAAGAAAUUCAAGAUGAAUAUUUUAACAGAGAUGGAGCUCAAGGUGAUUUCGCACAGAAUCUGAAAAGUAAUCCUAAAGUGCCAUCUACUGCACAAGCAAAUAAUGUAGCUGUAACUUCUAAUAAUUCUACAAGUUCAACAACAGAAGAGAAGAAAUCCUUAAGUAUGGUUUUUGGAACACCUGCAUCUAAUAAUAAACAGGCAAAAGACACGGGGUCACUUUUUGGUAAUGUGCCAAAAGUGCAGAGUUUCACAUCUUCUAAUACUGCUGCACAAGCAAAACAUAUACUUUCUCCUACUGGUGUAACUUCUCACCAAUCUACAAGCUCAACAUCAGAAGAAAAGAAAUCUUCUAAUAUUGUAUUUGGAACACCCACAUCUAAUAAUACCCAAGCAAAAGACAUGGGUUCUGUUUUUGGCAAUGUGCCAAAAGUGCAAAGCUCCACAACAUCUUUAAGUUCUGCUGCACAAGCAAGUAAUAUACUUUCUCAAAGUUCCGUUUCUUCUCAUGUGUCUACAAUUUUAACACCAGAUGAGAAGAAAUCCUCAAGUAUGAUAUUUGGGACACCUACAACCAAUAACACCCAGGGAAAAAACAUGGGUUCACUUUUCGGCAAUGUGGCAAAAGCUCAGAGCUUCACUUCAUCUUCAAGUACACAAGCAAGUAAUAUACUUUCUCAUACCUCUGUUACCUCUAAUGAGUCUACGAGUUCAACACCAGAAGAGAAAAAAUCCUCACAUAUGGUAUUUGGAACACCAGCAUCUAAUAAUACCCCAGCAAAAGACAUGGGUUCACUUUUUGGUAAAGUGCAGAGUCCCACAACAUCUUCAAGUACUGCUCAAAAUCCAAAACUUGGCUUUUCAUUUGGAAUUUCUUCAGUAGCUGGUUCAACACCAGUUACAAGCAGUGGUGGAUUUACUUUUGGCAUUAAUAAUUCAUCUCAAACCACCUCAUUAUUUGCAACAAAACCAAUUGUUUCUAAUAUUAACGGUAAUUCACAAUUCUCAUUUGGUGCUGGUAAACCUUUUAGUUUUAAUUCAAAUAUACAAAGAAAAGAUGAGAGUAAUGAGGAUACUAAAACUAAGGAAGAUGAAGAUGAACCUCCUAAAGUUGAAUACACACCAAUGGUAGAAGAAAACAGUGUUUUUGACAGAAAAUGCAAAAUAUUUGUUAAAAAAGAUGGUAACUUUGUUGACAAAGGUGUAGGUACAUUGUAUAUUAAAACAAUUGAAGAUAGCAAAAAGCAUCAACUAUUAGUGAGAGCAAAUACAUCGUUAGGAAACAUUUUGCUCAAUUUGGUUCUUGCUACAUCUGUACCUACACAACGUAUGGGCAAGAAUAAUGUAAUGCUAGUUUGUAUUCCCACACCUGAUGCAAAACCACCUCCAACUCCUGUUCUUAUUAGGGUAAAGACAUCAGAGGAAGCAGAUGAGUUACUAGAGAAAUUAAAUAACUAUAAACAGUAGAAUAAAUUGAUCACAUUAGUACAUAACUUGAAUACCCAGUGCAAACAUUCCAGAAUACCCUGGCUGUCCAGAAGGUAAAAUCCAAAAUGAAAAUUAAAAAAUUAUAAGUAGUUCACUGCAUUUUCAAGUAUCAAUUAUUAUUAAUAACUGGUCAAUAAAUUGGAAUGGGUCUGUGUCCAUAAUUCUGUAAUUUCGGGCUACCCAGGAUUUGUAUUUUUACCUUAAUGAUGAAUUUAAAUUAAGGGAAAUUGAUAUAUGCCUGUAUGGACUGAAUUACUGUUGUGAAACAAUAUUAUUGUUUUGUUACUGAACAAGUGUUAUAUGAUAUGAUUAUGAAUUAUAAUUUGAUUCUUUUUGUAAAUAAAAUACAAUAUUCCAA